CGCUGCAUUUUACUCCACUGCCUAGGGCUGGGCCGGUCGCUUAUUUGGGCCGCGUCGUGCGUCUGCUAAAGCCUAGCGUCCCAUUUUCGCUUUCUUCCGUUGGAUGCCGGACGGGCGGCGAUGCGGCGUCGGACGUCCCGCCGAAGUAGAGCGCUCAACGUCAGCCGAUCUGGAUCCCCGCCCUCCACUCUCUGCUGCCACAGAUUCAGGACUCCACGCCCGCCGCCACCACCCGCUCGGACCGCUCCCGUCCCAGUUAUCUCGGCGGGCGCCGGCGCCGUGCCGCUCCCUCUCUCUCUAGGCUCCUCCUUGCCUCGUGCUGGUCCCUGCUAUUCACCCCCCCCCCCCCCCCCGCGCCCGCGCACGGCAGUCACAGCCACCACAGCUACGGUCACCACGGAGAUGCGGGAGAUAUUCGUCACGAACUCGGCUGUCGCGGAGGCAUGGGGAAUUAUUUCAGCACGGAGCCACUUGAUGUCAGCAGCGCGAGCUCGGCUGAGCUCCUGGUGUCUUCAGGUCGAUCCUCAGCGACUAGCAUCGUGGCUGGCCAUGCACCACCUGGCAAGGCUCCCGCUCGCCUCUAAUAAUAAAGGAAUGGUUUUGCAAGUUCUCCAAGCCGAUGUUGCUGUGGUGGGCUGUGCACUCUGGAUGUAAGGAGCGUGUCGUGCUGGGAUGUCGGGAGUGCAAUUGAGGGCAGCAUUUGGAGGUGGCUAAUCACCCUAUAUUUAUAGUUUGACUUGGUGAACCAUCCUUGUACCUCCUGGUUUCCUCUAGAUUCUACCGAGCAAUUGGCAGCUGUACCGUUUCUAGAGUGGUCCAAAUCAGUUCUUGUAUCUUCUUUCUAGAAUCUACACCACGACUACUUUGUAGCAUAUAAACUAAUGAGGGUACGGCAGCUUUAUACAAUUUAAAUAAAUGUUCUCUCUAAAUGAACGGCUGAGAUCAUGCACUGUCCCAUCCAAUGGCUAAGUCAAUUCUAGAUGAGUUGUUGGCGGGUCUCAAGUGUUCAGUCCACUCCAGAAAUUGAAAAGAAGUAUGUGCAUCGUGUCUAUGAUGCCAUAGCUCCCCAUUUCAGCGCAACAAGAUUUGCUAAAUGGCCCAAGGUUGCAGGGUUCUUGAAUUCCUUGAGGCCAGGGUCGAUUGUACUGGAUGCCGGCUGUGGUAAUGGCAAGUAUUUGGGCUUCAACCCUGAUUGUUUCUUCAUAGGAUGCGAUAUAAGCCCACCGCUUAUUGAGAUAUGUUCUGGGAGAGGGCAUGAGGUGUUGGUUGCUGAUGCUGUCAACCUCCCAUACAGAGAUGAUUUUGGUGACGCAGCAAUUUCAAUUGCUGUGUUGCAUCAUUUAAGCACUGAUGAUAGGCGGAGGAAGGCCAUAGAAGAGCUUAUCCGUGUUGUUCGGAGAGGUGGUCUGGUGCUCAUCACAGUCUGGGCUAGGGAGCAGGAAGACAAGUCAUUGCUCAACAAGUGGACUCCUCUCUGCGAGAAAUAUAAUGAAGAGUGGGUUGAUCAGAGCAGUCCUCCAUUACGUAGUCAAUCUGCAACUCUUCUGGAAAGCAUUGCAGAAACUGAUGAAGAUGCUGGUUUGCUGAAGCAAACUGAUGUUGAAUUGAAAAAAUGCCAUGAUGCCGUGAAGGAUAAGACCAUUAUGGACUGUAGUAAUACAAAUACUGAUCAGGAUGAGAAAAAUCAGCAGGAGUACUUUGUUCCAUGGCAUCUACCAUUUCACCGAGCAGAAAUUGGUGGUGCAUCUGCUGCUGCUCUUGAGAAUGGAUUUGCAAAGAAAGAUGAGAAGAAGGGUACAGUGGUCUACAAUCGUUAUUAUCAUGUUUUUGUUGAAGGGGAACUUCAAAGAUUAGUCUCUGGUAUAAAGAAUGCUGCUAUUGUUGACCAAUUCUAAGACAAAUCCAACUGGUGCAUCGUUCUCGAGAAGCUUUGAGCAGCAAGCAAAGGGAUGGUAGAGGAAGUCAUCAGCACAGUAUCCACGUCACCCACAACCGCUAACCGUUCGAUCAGCUCAGCGUGCAACACUGGCCAUCCGAUGCGGGCUUUGCGCCCGUUAGCUCGCGAACCCGCUUGAGGAUUCGCGAGCCCUCCCGCUCCGCCUCCCUCCUCCCCCUGCGUCUCCCUUCCUCCUCCCGUCAGAGCUGCGCCAUCCCUGGCUCCCGGGCCACCGCGCCGCCGGCGCGCCUCACCGCCCCCGCACACUCGCACGCCUCCUGGCGCGGCGGCCUCGCCGGCCCCAGCAGACGCCGCCCCUUCUUCUUCGCAACGCCGCCGUCCCUCCCUCUCCUCUUCCCCUGGCCGACAUCCAGCACGGCGCACCGCCACGCCGCCCAGCCGCCGCGCGUCGCCCCGAUUCCGGGGUCGCUUCCCUCCAGCCCUCUAUCCACCAAGCCACUCCCUUCCUCCCUGACGGCGCCAUCCCACCGCCUCAGCCACCGCGUACCAGCGUCCCGCCACGGUCCUCGUUGUCCGUCCGGCUUCUACCUCGCUGUUCCGCCCUGUGCCCGCGCCGCGCCACCUCCGAUCUGCCAUCGCCACCAAACCGGUCGCGCCGCCCCUUUCUCCUCCGGCGAUGAUGGCGAGCUGCUCCAGCCCAGCACUCUGCCCACCCACCGCCGGCCGUCGCUGCCCUCAUCGUCCGCCUCCGCCUCUUCGCCUCUCCAUGGCAUAACACCCCCCCCCCCCCCCCCCCCCCCCGCGCGCCAGGUCCUCAGCUUGCGCGUCGCGUACCUGCGCCCGCGCUUCCCUCCGCUUCCUCUGUGCCUCCCUCCGGUUGCUGCGUGCCUCCAUCCCCACUGCCUUAUGCUUGCUAGGUUUGACCUCUGCUUCUACCUCCAUUCUUUCUCUAGAAUCUAUUCCUUCCCCAAGAUCCCACCAUGACGAGCUCGUUGUCCCUUUGCAGAGAGCAGAAAGAUACUAACUACGGCCUGGGCGGGGCGUGGACGCUACGCCAAUACACAUGCUUGCCACCUCGAAUUCACAUCUGCAGCAGCAGCGGCAAGAUGCAAACAUCACAGGGUAUGCUUUCCCCCCCAUUUUUGUACUCAUGUGUUGAUUCACCUUGAGCAUCUGCUUAAAAAUAUGCAUAAGAACAUGUCGUGCUCAUCUCUUGACUAAAAUUUCUUUCUGUGAGUAUGCCUUGGCUAAAAAAACAUAGGCAAAAUAUUCACAAAUUCUAAAGCAGCAGCCUCCCUUCAGUAUUUGACAACGCACACACACAACUGCUGCUGCUCUCCUCUCUCAAGUGCAAAGUAUGCAAGGAGUCACCAAGGGGCUGCAGUUUGCAAUUCGACAUUGGCUCAGUUACUGAAGACACUCCAGAUGAGUUAAACUUUCAAUCCAGUUCAUAUCGCCGGACGCCCACCCCAUCUUUGAAUCCUAAAUAAAUAUCUCUAUGCCCAUUCAUCCAUGCCAUUGCUAUAUUUCUAGCUGUUUGAUCCACAUCAUGUGUUGAUGUAGGCAUGGGAAGCUGUGAGAACAAACUCAGAAUUAUAUGGUGACAGAAGUCUUAUUGAUUUUUUAGUUCAUGUACAGCCUGUGCUGCAGCAGCCCACCUCCAUCACCUCAUCACAUCAGGAAUGCCACAUCCUGGGUACCUGGCCCAGCUGUCUUGCCGUCCUCAGCUCCCAUUUAGGAUGUUCUGGAAUUCUCACAGAUACCUCUAAUGCUAUCCUAGAUAGUUUAACAAUGUUAGUCUUCUUCUAUUGCAGGUUUGUGUAUAGCCUGUUAGGUUACUAUUGCAAUAUUUUUCCAUGCUUCUAACCUAGAGGUAAUGGUGCUACAACGCUACCUUUAGUUAGUGAUUUUUCAUAGCUCAAUUCUUUAUUUUAUUUCUCUAUCCAUAGCAAAUGUACAUAAAAGAACUACCUUCAUUUUUUAAAUUUAUGGUAAACACGUCUUCUGAUUCCUUAUCUUUUGUUUGUAGCAUGUUUCUCCAGUGGGCUAAAGUAGACAUCCUUGAUCUGCACUUGUACUAACCCUGUUUUCUACGUGCCCUUUAGUGAAGCUGGUUGCUGACUAUAGACAACAAAGACACCUAGACACAUUCUCAAGACUCUGUUUUUGCUCCAAGGAGGCAUACAUGCAGGAGCUGCAGGUUCGUGUUCUGAUUCUUCUAUGACAGCCAGGACAGUAGGAAAAUACACUCCUGCAUAGGAACAGAGGAUAUGCAGGCCUUCAAGGUUGAACACUGUCCCUGCUUUUUUCUGUGGAAGGAAAGAGCCAUCCUUGCAUUGAUGGAAAGCUACAGAUAAAAUGGCUUCUGGGUCAUUCAUGGCUUCUGGGUCAUUCAAGUGCUCAAUGUCAUGCCAUCAAUCUACUAAAGCAGCUGGACAACUCUUCUACCUACAGAGGGCUUCAGGCUGCUAUAAGUAGAUCACCAGAACUACCAGCUUCAACACUAUUCAUCAAAAGCCUUCAGUCCUUGCGUUUUAGAGGCAAACCUCAUCCUUUGGCUUGUUUUCUCUGCUAUUUUAUCUAGGUUAAUGUGAUCAACCCAAUCUCUUCUUACCAAUUUCGCUAAACUUUACUAAACCUGGUUAGCAUUGAUUCAUGUAUGAAACAUGAAUCCAAAAAAUAGUCCACUUUGGUUCUUUCCAAAUUA